GAGCUCGGUGCCGCGGGGCCCUCUCAGGCCGGCCCUCGGGCCCAUCGGCGCCGGGGACAGCGGCGCGGCCGGGCGGGCCGGGGACAAGGCGAGCGCUCUCCGGCGGGGUCGUAGCCGCCGCGUCCGGGCGUCCCGGGUGUUUGACGGGCUGUACGCGGCCGGGGGACGGCACCGCGGCCUGGGCCGCCUCGGGCCUGGGAACGGGCAGAUUAUGAAAUUACCGUUGUGUGUUUUCUCAUGGUCUGGAGCAGAACCAAGUCUUCGCAAGAAUUUUUGGCCAAUCACCUAUGAAGCUCCUGGUUUUGAAGUUGCACUUCUGCAAUGAAGAAAAGGAGACGGCUCGCUGCAAAUCUAAACGAAAAGGUUCGUCUUGGCCAUGAGAAAGAUACUUCAGAACAGAUUCUUGUAGUAGACUGUGCGCAAGAGAUUGUCUCAAAGUCUGCGGAAAUAGCUUCUGCAGAUCAGCUUGAAGCUUCCCAAGAACUUUCACCGUCUUCGGAACAAAGAAAGCUUCUAAGCUCAUUACAGUAUAACAGAAAUCUACUUAAAUACUUAAAUGACGAUAGACAGAAACAUCCAUCAUUUUGUGAUUUACUCAUAAUUGUAGAAGGAAAAGAAUUUAGUGCUCACAAGGUUGUAGUGGCUGUUGGGAGUAGUUAUUUUCAUGCCUGUUUGAGCAAAAAUCCAAGCACUGAUGUUGUCACGUUAGAUCAUGUAACUCAUUCUGUUUUUCAGCAUUUGCUUGAGUUUCUAUACACCUCUGAGUUUUUUGUAUAUAAAAAUGAAAUUCCGCUGGUGCUGGAAGCGGCAAAAUUUUUAGAUAUCAUAGAUGCAGUGAAGUUACUAAAUAACGAAAGUGUUUCUAACAUACAGACCGAUGUAACUGAUGCACCUACACCGGUAGAAACACUAAAUGAACUGACAGGUAAACUAUUAAAUAGUCAUCAGUGCACUUUUUGUGGUCGAAGUUUCUGUUACAAGAAGUCCUUAGAAAAUCAUUUGGCUAAAGCCCACAGAUCCCUUUCACUGGAAAGAAAACAUGGGCUAAAAAUGGUUGAGAAGGCCAGCUUUUCCACUAGACGUUCUACGAGAAACCGUAAAUGUCCAGCUAAAUUUGAAAACAGUGACAAUGAAAGUGGUGAUGCCUCUGACAGCAAUUUGGAAAAAGUCAGUUCUGACAAGGAAACAUCUGACAGAAGUGAAUUUGAGGAUAGUGAAAGUGAAUGCAACGCUGAUGAAGAGGGACAGGAAGAGGAAAUGUCAGCUGAAGAUUCAGAGUCUGAAGAACAAAGUGAAAAAGAACAGAAUGAUACUGAAGAGGGUUCUGAGGCAGUUGAUUCAGUGGGAAAUAUUCCUGAAGGCUUAGCUCCAGUCAUCAUUCAAAGCAGUAGCAAAAAACUACUACAGUGUCCCAAGUGUGACAAAAAAUUUGAUCGAAUAGGCAAAUAUGAGAGCCAUACACGUGUACACACGGGUGAGAAGCCUUUUGAGUGCGAUAUAUGUCACCAGCGCUAUUCAACAAAGUCCAACCUGACAGUGCACAGAAAGAAACACUCUAGUGACACUGACUUUCAUAAAAAGGAACACAAAUGUCCCUACUGCAGUAAGCUGCAUGCAAGCAAAAAGACUUUAGCAAAGCAUGUGAAGAGGUUUCAUCCAGAGAACGUACAAGAAUUUCUUUCUAUCAAGAAGACAAAGAGUGAAGGUUGGAAAUGUGAUAUUUGUAAGAAAUCUUUCACUCGAAGACCUCACUUAGAAGAGCAUAUGAUCCUCCACUCUCAGGAUAAACCGUUUAAGUGUACAUACUGUGAAGAGCAUUUUAAAUCCCGAUUUGCAAGACUGAAACAUCAAGAAAAAUUCCAUCUUGGGCCUUUUCCUUGUGAUAUUUGUGGCCGCCAGUUUAAUGAUACAGGAAAUCUGAAACGCCAUAUAGAAUGUACUCAUGGAGGAAAGAGAAAAUGGACAUGUUUCAUCUGUGGAAAAUCUGUGAGGGAACGAACGACUUUGAAAGAACAUCUGAGAAUUCACAGUGGAGAGAAGCCUCACCUUUGCAGUAUUUGUGGGCAGAGUUUUCGUCAUGGAAGCUCUUACAGACUUCAUCUAAGAGUCCACCAUGAUGACAAGAGGUAUGAAUGUGAAGAAUGCGGAAAAACAUUUAUUCGGCAUGACCAUCUGACAAAACAUAAAAAAAUACACUCAGGUGAAAAAGCACAUCAGUGUGAGGAAUGUGGAAAAUGUUUUGGCCGCAGAGAUCACCUUACUGUUCAUUAUAAAAGUGUUCAUCUGGGAGAAAAAGUGUGGCAGAAAUAUAAAGCAACAUUUCACCAGUGUGAAGUCUGUAAGAAAGUUUUUAAAGGGAAAUCAAGUUUGGAAAUGCAUUUUAGGACACAUUCAGGUGAGAAACCCUACAAAUGUCAAAUCUGUAAUCAGUCUUUUAGAAUUAAGAAGACAUUAACAAAACACAUGGUUAUUCAUUCAGAUGCUCGACCUUUUAAUUGCCAACACUGCAAUGCAACAUUUAAACGAAAAGACAAGCUGAAAUACCAUAUUGAUCAUGUCCAUGGAUCAAAGGCUGCAGAAGAGACAUUGACAUCUUCUUCAGAGGAAAAGCUAGUCUCCUUACCAGUGCAGUACACCUCUGAUGACAAAGUUUACCAGACUGAGGCUAAACAAUAUGUGGAACAGUCCAAAGCGUAUCAAUCAGAAGCCAAAAGUUUGCUACCGAAUGUGUCUACGGAGGUGUGUGUGCCUGUGACUCUGGUGCCCGUUCAGAUGUCUGAUCCGCAGGCUGAGCUGGUGCAGCAUACUGCUCCGUCACAUGGCAUUCUCCCGCCGCAGCCCGAGCAGGCAGAUUAUCAGCGAGCCACGGAUCUGUCGUUUCUAGAGAAAUACACUCUUACUCCACAACCUGCAAAUAUUGUUCAUCCUGUAAGGCCUGAGCAAAUGUUGGAUCCCAGAGACCAGUCCUAUCUUGGAACUUUACUGGGGCUAGAUACAGCUCCUACUGUACAGAAUAUUUCAAACAAUGAACAUUCAUGAUCAGACCAUAACAUUCCACCUAAUUUACUAAGCCAUUAGCCAACAGAAGGCUGAUAUGGCAAUUGAGAUUUAUAUUUUAUAUUUUAUUUGGACUCAUGAGUCUUCUGCAUAGUUUUGGAAAAACAGGUUUGUUUACAUAAUAUUUGAACAUUUAGGCACAUUUUGAUGCAUACUGAAAGUGUGUUUCUUGUGAUUUUAAGAGUUUUUAAAAAUCUUAUAGAUGGUCUUUUAAAAAAUUAUGCUCUGAAAUAUCUUUUAAGGAUAGUGGCUGAAAAAUGUAAUUACAUAUCUGGUUAUUAAUUUAAAAAAAUAUUUUGCCUUUCUGCAUCUCACUUUGAGUUAAUGUUGUAAGUGUAAUAGGAAGCAUUCUGGAAGAAUAAGGACUAUAUCAAAUUCAUUAAAAGUUGUAAGAGCAGGCAGGGAUAUAAAACUCAAACUUCUAAUUGUGUUUCGCACAAAUUAAAAUAUAAUUUUACUUGAGCCCUCAGGCAUUUUUGGAGGGUUUUAAAGUCUGGCAGGCUCUGGAGCCUAGCCAAUGGACGCAGGAACUAAAUUAUUCUGAAAAGUGAUUCAUAUAGUCUAUGAAGACACUAAACAGGGUGUUUGGUGAUCCCCCUGAGUAUAAUUAGGCUGCCUAAAUUUGGCCUUUUAAUUCUUCCUUGAUCUCUAAUAAUGAAUAAUGUGGGACAAUUUAGACAAUGGUGUUGUCUAAUUUUCUACAGUUAGUCCUAUAUAAUUUUAAUAUGCUUUUUUCCUUGCUCUUUCAAUCUUGUCUUCUAAAGUGUGCCCCACACUCUAACUUUGAAAGAAAUGGGAGUAUUUGUGACGUCAUUUUAAUCUAUGAAUAGUCAUAAAGGAUUGGCACGGUUUAUCCGUGUUAGAGCAUAAGUUAUACCAGGGCCCCACAUAGUAUCCCCAUUUUCAGGUUACCUGUGAUAGAGGAGAAAUUUUAAGGCUAUUAUUUCCAGAACAGUACCCAACUUCUAUUUAAAAAAAAAAUACAAAAAAAUCAGUAAUUAUAAAUCUUUUGUGAGUUGCUAAUGGAAUUGUUUUGUUUCUCACUUUCUUGUACUAUGUUUAUAAAACAAAGUCAACCUCUUGAGAGUAUUUUAUGUCUUUAAUUAUUUUAGCUUUUUUCUUUAUUAGGCUUAAGAGUUUUUUUCCCAAAAGAACCGUUUUGAGCUACAAGUCUAGUGUAACUCACCAUGAAAUCUAGUGUAACUUAACCUCAUCAAGCUUUCUAUUUUAAGGCUAUUUUAAAAAUGACUAUUGUGUGUUUGGUGGAUAUUAUGCCAAAGAAAGUACCUGAAGUAAUUUUACAAUCCAAAUGAUUCCUCAUAAGAGUUACGUAUUAAGGCAAAAUUGUCCCCAGUUCUCCCUAUUCUUAAAUUAUUAUCUUAAAGAAACUUUAAAAUGGGAAACUGGAUGUAUGUGUAUUAUUGUAACUGUUAAAUUUAUCCAUGACCUGAGCACAAACGAUCUGUGGUGAAAAGCUCUUUUAUCAUCACAGUUCUGUAAACUCCUAUGUGGCACGGAUCUUUUUAUAUCCUAUUCAAAUACUUUGGUGUUAGAUUCUGUUAAUCCCCAUGCUACUUCAGCAUUGAGCAGUUUGCAGGAGAGGUGCCAGAGCUGCCUGAAUGUUCAUAUUUUGAAGUUUGUACCCUAAUGGAUUCUUAACAUAAACACACCAAAGAUUUCUGUUAGCUGUUAAAUAGUGGCAGAGUUAUAGAAUUUUAAGUGUUAUCGAUAUUUAAAUAGGACUUAGCCAAAGAAGCACAAUAGAAGUCCUAAACUUUAAAAGUUCAGUUUCUAAAACAGGACUGCAUAUGUUUAACUGUUCUAUGUUUGUACUCUAAAGUGAAAUUUAGAGCUGUGCUCUGGGAAUGUUCAGACUGACAUGGUGUAAAUAGAUCUGGUAAGAAGCUGAAUACUAGCAAAUCCGCAGCAAUAACGAGGCCGUUGAAUGCCACCUUCUGAAAGGACACUAUCAAGUACUACCCGUCCUGCUUUCUGACUCCACCUUCAUCUCCUUUCAAAAUAAAACUCUUUGUCAUCUUUACACUCCGUGGCUUGAAAACAGCUGGUUUAUGUGUAACUUUCAAGUCGGUAUGCAUGUAUCAUAUUCGUAUUACCAUGUGUGGACGUGAAUCAUGAUUUCCAGCAUUUGUAAUUGUACUGUCAAAAAUACCUGACAUUGGUGGUGUCAGUGCAGUUCUCAGACUAAAAAACCUAUUUUUUUUAUUUCUUGUCUUUUCUGUCCUACAGUAGAAGAAAGUGUUGUAGGAUUUUUACAAAGAAGUGGCUUAAAAAUAGUUGGUAACUAAAUUUUUCUUUUAAAAUCCAGUCUUUUCAGAAGGCACUCUAGGAAAAGAACUAAAAUGGAAUUUGGAGCAUAUUUACUUGAUAAUGUCCUUUUUAAGAUUCUUUCAUGAUUGUGCCUUUUAUAUAUAUAUUCUGAAUAAUGGCUUGUUCUAUAGUUCAGUUGGUUAUUCAAAAAACAUUAAGGUCAAUUAUCAUCCAAAGGGCUUCAUGGUUUUGGGUGCCCAAUAAGAAACAGACUGUAAAAGGACUUGUUUUUCUGAAAAACAAGCGCUAUCUUGGCUGUUUGGGUGACCAGAAUUGCUAGUCAUUCCUGGAAAAAAUGACCUACUAGUUCUUUGGCGUUCUUUUGUUUGCAGAUAACCCUACUAGUUAGUAUUUUUACCUGCUGGUCAGGCUGGAUCAUUGCCAGUUGACAGUGAAAGAAAAUAGGAAAGCUUAAGUGCUAGAUACAUAGUUUUUAUUUUUUUAAUAUCAUAAGCUAUAAUUCUUACGGCUUUACAUCUAUUUAAGAUUCAUAUAUGAGCAAAGUGAAUUUUUGUGGACUGGUACUUCAUGUGGUGGUGUUACCGAAAUCUCGGAAUGAAAAACUCAUCAACACCAAUGCGAUGUAGGUAAGCAGACACUUCUUUAUUGACGGCCGGGUGCGAGAGUGAGGCUCCUCACGAUCAAUGCACACCAGGCUUCAAAAUCAUACACCUCAUAUAGAACGUAUUCAUGCAUAUUCAUUAAGUAUUCAUGCAUAAACAUAGUAUUUCCCCCAAAUCAUUAACAUACUCUUGCUUCGUAUGUUAAUUAGCUUAUCAGUCCUUCGCGCUUCCACAAAUUCUUACAAGAAUUGUGGGCAGGGGUCUCCGGGACAUGGGCAGUGGUCUUUGGGAGGAAGGCCGUAGGUCUUCCUCAUGGUGUACUUCUCACCCUUUGCCUGGAAUGUGAUGGUCUUGCAAGUUUGCAGUGUUCUUAUCGGUCUGAACUAAUUUAUGUCCUUGUCGACCAUCUGGUCCUUCUGCUUGUUUCUUUUAGUCGCUCCCUCUAGAUAACUUAUAAACAGGCCCCUUGUUAGAGAAAGUUAGAGAAACAGACUCCUCCUUUCAUUAGUUAUUUCAUUAAUUAUUUCUUUCAAACUAUGGUUACAUGCCCUAAUGACUAUACCUACAUUUUUUGAGUAAAUAUAUUUACACUUAACUUAUUGUCCCUAUUCCAUACAAUUUCUUUAUAUCAAUUAUUAAAGUUCACAAUUUCUUGGCAGGUAACUACGAGUUGUUUCAUUCGGUUGCUCUCAGUUCUUGGCCUUGGUACAGGGCUGUACAGAGGAUUUCAUAGCAGCUUUUGUUGUGCAAAUACUAGUUUCAUUAAAAAUAUAUUUCUUAUUCUUCUAUAUUUCUAUUAAAAUGAUUUUAUAAAAUCAAAUAAAGUUAAUUAAUUCUAACCAUUAGCAAAUCUGUAACAGUGGGGUGGAAGCAGGUGAUCUCUGCGUGACGGAGGGCAGCUCCUCCUGAGAGGGCUGGAGUUGGAGGGCAGAGAUCUGCACUCACAGCUGCGUGCGUCGAAACUCCUUGGGUGUCUCAUGCCUCCAUUUUAGUAUGUGUACGUGCUCAUCCCCAAGUGCACGUCCUGCUGGUCUGGAGGGCGCUUUUACAGUAAAGGCUAUGUUUUAUCUGGCAGUCGUAGACUUGGGUGACCGUUUCUUGCUAAAGAAGGCAGAAGCAGGUGUCUCGUGAAAAUAUCUCUAAGGAACAAUCAGUGGCGCACUGCAAAAAAUUGGUCUUUUCCACAUGCUGACCUUUAGGGAGACGAGUGGAGUCCGUGUUGGUACUCUAAACUGCUACGUGGGUCUGAGAACUUACUGCACUCGUUCUGUGUAAACAUGGAAUUCUGUGGGUUUUGCUAAACAAAUUUCUGGUUGCUGACUGGGUUACUGCCCGUAAUUCUUUUAAGUGGAUUUUAUGUUCAGUUUAUUUAUUUAUAUUGGUAUUUCCUCUUUGAGCACUGACACUUUCCCUACAGAGUAUGGCUCUCAUGGGUUCUUUUGAUGCUGAACAUCAGUAAUUGUAAUGGUGAUGAUGUAUUUCUGUGAGGCUGUGGUUUCCUUAAAAAUCUACUGCUAUUUUAGUUAUUUGAUGGGUCAUGCCAGAACACAGUGACAAAAGAUUUAUUUGUUGUCAUCAAAGAGCCAAGUUUGUUUCCCUAGUAACAAAUGUGAACGAGCAUCCAGAACUCUGAAGAAUACUUCAAAGGAAUUGCCUUGUAAGGUGCUUGGUUGAACCUGAAAUGUGUUACGUAGUGCUAAGGAAUAAAUGACCCUCACGUUUUUAAAUUUAAAAUAGUUUCUGUGUAGAAGUUCAUGAAUGUAGAAUUAUGAAUGGAUUCUGCGAAGGCAGUUGUGGAUGAAUAGUUUUUAUGCCCCCUGAAAACAGUAAAUAGAUGUGAGAGUGUUCUGUAUUGAGCAUCCACGCAUAACUGACCCAGAUUGCAUGUUCUCUGUGUGAUGGAAGCGUGAGGGAAAUAGAGUGCGUCUACCUGCAAGGCCGUGGGACCGCUGGCACGUGUGGGCGUCUUCUACAGCGUCAUCUCACGGUGGUUUCGGUUGUUUCAUUGUAUGCAUUGAGGAGUGACACUGGCAGGAUGUAAUGCAGGGCAGUCACUUUGCUUAAGCCCAGAAGGAUCUUUUUCAGGGUUUGUAAGAAAUGUUUUGUUUUACAGGAUUUGAUGGAUUAAGGGUGACAAUGGCAAGAUUCUUUGAAUCCCCCCAUAUUCUUUUAAUCCCAUACCCAUUUUGAUAAUGUUUAAAUGUUGGUCUUUAUAUAAAAGAAUAAGGUGAGAUAAACUCAGUAUUUUGUCACUGGUAUAUGAGAUAAUGUGUUUUAAGUGUGAUCUGUAUAGGUUGGUAUUUUAGAUGGAGGUCUUUAAGUAAAGUUGUCUUUUUAGUGGAAAUCCUUCACUGUAAGGAGAAGUUAGGAAGUAUACUGUAAAUGUAGAAGUACUCAGUCCUAUGUGUAAUUUUGUUUGUUAUGGAAAAGUAAAGUUCUUUUGUCUUAA